AUGUCUCCUCCAACCUCUGGUGAUAAGAAGCAGUCUGGUAUUGCCCGUGUUUUGGGUUCAGCCACUGCCGGUAUUUGCGAGCUUGCUGUCUUCCAUCCUGUUGACACCACUGCUAAGCGUCUCAUGAGUAAUAAUACUCGCGUCGCUUCCCUCUCUGAACUUAACAAGGUCGUCUUCAGAGACUCCGCUACAGCUCCAAUUGGCAAACGUCUGGUGUCUCUUUUCCCCGGUCUCGGCUAUGCCGCUGGUUACAAGAUUCUGCAGCGUGUUUACAAGUACGGUGGUCAACCCUUUGCCAAUGAGUUUCUCAAUGCAAACUUUAAGCCCUUUUUUGAAGAUAACUUUGGCAAGAAAACUGGUAAGGCCCUCAUGUCUGCCACCGCUGGUAGUUUGAUUGGCAUUGGUGAAAUUGUCCUACUCCCCCUUGACGUUCUUAAGAUUAAGCGUCAGACUAACCCUGAAGCUUUCAAGGGCCGUGGUUUCCUUAAAAUUAUUGCAGAUGAAGGCUUUGCUCUCUACCGUGGUUGGGGCUGGACUGCUGCCCGUAAUGCCCCAGGCAGUUUUGCUCUCUUUGGUGGUAACGCUUUUGCCAAAGAGUACAUCUUCAAGCUCCAAGAUUACUCUGCUGCUACCUGGACUCAAAACUUUGUUGCUUCUAUCUUUGGUGCUUCUGCUUCUCUCAUUGUUUCUGCUCCUCUCGAUGUUAUCAAGACCCGUAUCCAGAACAAGAACUUUGAGAACCCAGAGUCUGGAUUUACUAUUCUUAAGAACAUGGCCAAGAAUGAGGGCUUCUCGGCUUUCUUCAAGGGUCUUGUCCCCAAGCUUUUGACCACUGGCCCCAAGCUUGUCUUUAGUUUUGCCCUUGCCCAAUCCCUCAUUCCUGCCUUUGACAAGGUUCUUAGUGGGUCCAAAUAG